UUGGCGAAGACGAACGAACACACAGCACUUCGUUCUCUUCUCGGCUGAAAGAAAAAUUCACCCUAAAUCUCCAGCAUCUCUCGGCGGCGUUCUCUGAGCUCAGGGACGCCACGAAUGCCUUCAUCGUCGCCAACACUGUAACGGCGUUCUCAUCGUCUGAAAACCCAUCGAUCGAUUCUCGGUGACUGCCGUCCGGCUCCGAUCUCAAGGUCGAUUGUCUUCAACUACUCUGAUCAUCUAACGGAGUCGACUGAGAACCAAUAUCGAGGGAAGAUAGCUUUCGUCCCUCGCGUUCAAGGGAUUGUCCUGUUCAUGCAUUGUCCUGUUCAGUUAGAUAACAAGAAGCUUGAAGCUUUACCAAAAGGGAAAGAUCGCAGCCCUGUUGUGCAGGAUAUGGAUGAAGCGAGCAGCAAUCCCAUCGAUGUCUCCACCAAUGCAACUUCCCAAGGAGAUCCUCCGUUGGAAGUUGAUGAAAAUGAAGAAGAGUUGAAAGAGUUUUGCUUGGAUGAGAGUACUAUCAUGAGUGAUUUGGUUGAUGAUGAUUGAACAACAAUGUAUUAUGUAAUCAACGAUGUAUUUGUACUUUGUAGUGAUUUGUAGUGAUUUGGACUUUUAAAUGAAUGGUUGCCCAUUGGUAUCAUGAUUUGUCGGAA